AUGCCGGGACGUGUCGGGCUGAGGAUCCCGGGGGCGCCUGAAUUUGGACCUGGGCCCCUUUCUGUGACACUGAAAGAUGGCGCUACCGCACCGUGCUCCGAGCCUCACCCGCCCGUCGUGGGCCAGGUGACCCACCACAGCAUCGAACUGCGCUGGGAUCUGGGCCCGAAGGCCACGCGCCAGGGGCCGCAGGAGCUGUGGUCCCGGUUCUCCAUCGAGGAGGAAGACCCCAAGGUGCACACUUUCGGGACCGUCUACACGGGCUACGCCACCAGGCAUGUGGUGGAGGGCCUGGCGCCGCGGACACUGUACCGGUUUCGGCUGAAGGUCACCAGCCCCUCUGGAGAAUUUGACUACAGCCCCGUGGUCACCGUGUGCACGACCAGAGAGCCCCUCAGCAGCGAGCACUUCCACCGAGCGGUCAGCGUCAACGACGAAGACCUGCUGGCCCGGAUACUCCAAGGCGGCUCCAUCCAGGUGGAUGUCCCCAACAAGUUCGGCUUCACCGCGCUGAUGGUCGCCGCCCAGAAGGGGUACACCAGGCUGGUGAAGCUGCUCGUGUCCAGCGGCACCGACGUGAGUCUGAGGAACGGAAGCGGCAAGGACAGUCUGAUGCUCGCGUGCUACGCGGGCCACCUGGACGUCGUGAAGCUCCUGCGCAGCCACGGCGCCAGCUGGGAGACACGCGACCUGGGGGGCUGCACGGCCCUGCACUGGGCUGCCGACGGCGGCCACUGCCACGUGAUCGAGUGGAUGAUCCGGGACGGCUGUGAGGUGGACGUGGCAGACACGGGCUCGGGGUGGACCCCACUCAUGAGGGUCUCCGCGGUCUCAGGAAACCAGCGCGUGGCCUCGCUGCUGAUUGAGGCCGGAGCGGACGUGAACAGGAGGGAUAAGGACGGGAAGACGCCCCUGAUGGUGGCCGUCCUGAACAACCACGAGGAGUUAGUCCAGCUGCUUCUCGAGAAGGGGGCAGACGCAACUGUGAAAAACGAGUUCGGCAAAGGCGUCCUGGAGAUGGCCAGAGUUUUUGACAGACAGAACGUGAUCUCCUUGCUGGAAGAGAGGAACAAGAAGCAAAUGCCCAAGAAGUCGCUGGUCCGCUGACCGCUGGUCUCCGAGGGCCGAGGGCAGCAGGGCGGGGCCGGCUGUCCACGCAGAGCGAUGAGCUGCAGCCCCGGGGCUACGGCGGGUUAUUUACUUAGUUGAAGCUUCACAGGGACCUGGUAACCGGCGCACCUACGACCGUCCCACGUUGAAAUACAUCUUUUUACCCAAGCGCCGCCGUGUCCUCACUGGGACCCGACGCCACGCUUGCUUCCUCGUGCGCCUUUUGAGCUGGUGUGAAAGGAAACGUCGGUGCCUCAGAGCUGCUGGCACACAGGGCUCUUCUCCCUCCCCGGGCUGCGCUGGGGUCCCUCCUGGGGUCCCCUGGGGUCCCUCCUGGUGGGCGCUGCUCCUCCCCCACGAGCCCGGAGCCACGUGAAAUCUUUUCUUCUCAACUGUCGGCCUCACGUCAAAGCCCAGAGUCGGUAUCUCAACACUCCCAUGUGCCUGGCGCAGGGG